AUGGUCGACACCUCUGCGGACAACCCGUCGCAUGAAAAUGAGGACAAACUGAUGGCAAACGGCGUCCACAGCAGCGAUGAGUUGUCUGAGGAGGAGAGCGAAGAGCUGUUCACACAAAUGGAGAGCCAAUUGACGGACAAAGAAGUGCUUCAUAUGACAGAUGUGUUGCAAUGUCUGCAACUGUCGGACACACGAGGGUUGCGCCGAUUGGCCACAACAGGCGACGGAUUCAUUGACGACAAUCUUCGGCGCCAGAUAUGGCCCAAAGUGGCCAAAGUGUCGGUCGUCGAGACGAGUCCCCGACCCUCGCCCCAGACCAUCGAAAGCCAUGCCUUCUAUAACCAGGUGGUGAUGGAUGUGAACCGAUCGCUGUCGCGGUUCCCGCCGUCCAUCGAAGCCACGCACAGGAUCUCAAUGCAGGACUCAUUGAUUCGGCUAAUUAUGAGGGUUUUGAUCAAAAACCCUGAACUCCACUACUUUCAGGGCUAUCACGACAUUUGUGUCACGUUUCUCAUGGUAUUGGGCGAAGAGAUGGCUUUCUAUGUCGUGAACCAGUUGUCGAAAACCCAUUUCCGGGUAUUCAUGGAGAAGACGAUGGAUAAGACGGCGGAUCUCAUGGAUAUCAUAGCCAUUGUGGUGCGGGAGGAGAGUCCGAGUUUGGGUCAACAUAUGGAUCGCUCACAAGUCGGCACAAUCUUCGCGCUCUCGUGGGUCAUCACUUGGUUCAGUCACGUGUUGCCCACCUAUGAGGACGUCACCCGACUCUUCGACUUCUUCCUCGUGAGCCACAGUCUAAUGCCGUUGUAUUUUACGGUGGCUCUCGUCCUACGCAAAGAGCACCACAUUCUGGACGCCGACUGUGAUAUGCCGUCCAUUCAUCAACUCCUGACACUCGUGCCCGAGACGGAAGAGUUGCCCAUCGAGUCACUCAUUGGGACGGCACUGGAGCUCAUGGACAGACAUCCGCCGCAGGAUAUGAUUAGAGCGCAGCAGAAGGAGAAGAAAGAGCGGUUAAUGUUAGCAAAAAGAGCCAAAAAUAGGGCUUUAUUUGGAUCGGUGUUUGACUUUCGCUAUCUAUUCCACACAUUCACUCGCUUUCAGUUCAUGUCAAUCACCGUUUUGGUUGUAUUUUGUGCCACAUUUUAUCAGAUAUAUUGGAAUGUCUAA